UUGAUUGGUUGUAACAAUGGAAAUUGUGUCAAAGACAGUCUUAGUCAGUCUCAGUGCUAUCAAUUGAUAUAUAUCUAUUUAUGUUCAUAUUUAAGGCUUGUUGUGUUUGUGCCAGUUUGUGCUCAAUUGUGAUUGAUUCUUUAUAUUGUAAUUGUUGAAGUUAUUAACAAGCACAGCAAACAGCAACAAUUUGGAUCUAUAACAAUCAAUAUAUAAUUAAAGGAUUUCCUAGCUAUUGAAGUUACAUAUAUUAAAAAAAAUGGAUUCAAAUGGAAGUAAACAGGUUUCAAAGUAUUCUACAUGGAUACAAGAGUGCAAAAAUCCAAUAAACCAUUAUUCAUACAACAAAAUGUCACAGAGUGCACGUAAAUCAUCAUUGUUUAAACAAACUAUGAUGAGUUCAAAUUUAUCAUAUAAGGAAGCUGAGUUAAGCUUUCAAAAUCCAUUUCCAAUAUUACUAGCAUCUAGAGAGAUCUUAGACCAAGAUCCUUUCACAGUGCUCCCUGACCAGAAGUCAAAAUAUCAGUAUAGAUUAUCAAUUAAAUAUGAAGGUGAUAAAUACCCUGAUGGAUAUCUAUAUACCAAUAAUCUAGCAAUUAAAUUACCUUCAUACAUGUUUGAAAAAACUGUAGCAAUAGAUCCUGAUGAGUAUAUGUUGAAUUCAUAUGACCAUUAUUUUAGUGGUGGUUUUCUGAGCAGAUUUGAAGUGGGUGACACAUCUUAUUUAAUAAGGCCAAUUUUAGACAAUACAUUAUGGAUUACUAAUCUAGGUGGCCAAAAAGAAGAGUAUGAGAUUGUAAAAAAUGGUGAACAGAUUUAUAACACUAAAGUUUAUAACUUUGGGGAUAUUAAUUAUUUUUGUAUGAGACAAAAAAAAGAUGUGUCUGUAGAACAACUUUCAAUUAUUGAGGGAUCACUUAACACAAUUCCAGUAUGGAAAAGUACUUCAGAAAUACCUUAUAUAGAUAUAAAAAUGAGCUCUGAUUGCCAUGUUGGUACACUAUGUGUUAAUCAUGAGUUUAAAAUGUAUGAUGUACAGAAAAACGAGAUCAUUGUCAAACACAAAAUUGAAGAAGCGAGUGAAAAGAAGUAUGAUUUAUCACAAUUCGAUUUUUUGAGUACUUCUGAAGUAUUAUUGAUGGGUGCAAAUGUCGUGGAACUGUUUGAUAUGAGAAGCAAAAAUUCUAAAGUCAUAAAUAAUGAACAGGAGGAGGAGGCAGCGCAAGCUUGUAAUACAAAUUGUCUUGUGACGAUGUGCACAAGGGAUACAAAUUAUGCUUUUGUGGCUACCAAACAUGAUGUUAUAAAAAUUGAUCUUCGUGAAAUGAAGUUAAUUAAGAAAUGGACACACUUUUUGAGAAACCAUCCAAUACUAAUGAUAUAUGGAUAUAUUGGUGAGGAAGAUUAUGUGUGCGUGUCAGAUGGUACAAAGAACAUAUUUUUAUUUAUGGAUACUGUCGAUAAUUACGUACCGUUCCAAGUGCCUAGUAUAAUGCAUACAUAUGAACAAUAUUACAUGAAAGUUAGGCCGGUACAUGGAUACGUUAUAGAGGAUAGAUUAGAUUUGAGUAUUACAGGAAUGGAUUUUAGAAUUAAAGAUAAUGAUAUAACGAUUUAUACAAGCAAUUCUGCUGGUGAUGUAUAUUGUAAUCAAUCCAACAAAUGUGAGGAUUAUAAUAUAGAAAAUAGCAACGAGCGUUUUGGUAACUGGAUUGAUUCUAUCCCAGUGGAGAGAAGAGUGCAGUAUGUUAGCAAUCUCGUGGACAUUAGCGGCCAUAUAGAUUCAAUAAGAGCCCAUGAAGAAGCAACCAAGUCUUUAGAGGACUACGAUUGCGAGAGUGAUCUACAAGGAUUUAUGGAAUCAGUUAACCCGGCCGCAUACACCAUGUCAGAGGUCUGGGCCAAUUAUCAAAACAACGUGCUGAAAAACAAGAAACCAUCUCAAAUCGUUUAUAACGAUUUGGAUAUCCUUUAAUCAUUAAGCUAAUUAAUCUGAAUUAUAAGUAACUUUAAGAAUAAAAUUAAAUAAAUAAAAUACGUAUAAAUGUU